GGCUCGGGAAAAGACAGCAGCAGCAGCAGCAGCAGCAGCAGCAGCGGGAGUGUGCUAGGCCGCAGCUUCAGCAGCUCGGCGGCUGAUCCUGCCUCAUGCGCAGCGGCGGCUGCUGCCUUUUUUGCCUGCACUGGGGGUGGGCGUCCGCAGGAGCUGCAGCAGAUGCGUCGGUUGGUAGCUGGGGACUCGCUGCAGCUGCAGCUGCAGCAGCAGCAGCAGCAGCAGCAGAAUGAGCAGCUGCUGCUUCUCCCCGGAAGAGCCCUCAGUGCCCUCGAUGGCCUCCCCCUAGAUCUCAGGCUGCUGGAUGCACUGACAGCUCCGCUGCUGCUGAAGAGGCUUCUGUUCGAGUGUCUGUACACUCCAAGGCGGACCUACAUUGCGCCGUCCCAGGAGCCGGCGCCCGCCGAGAGUGGUGAAGCGGCAGCAGCAGCAGCAGCAGCUGCUGCAGCAGCAGAUUUGGAGGGGCUGCAAAGUGCUGAGGAGGUGCCGCAGCCUUCGCAGGACUCACUUGGGCUGUCGCAGUCCCCGGGAGAGGCUGAGCAGCAGCAGCAGCAGCAGCAGCAGCAGAAAGAAGAACCCGUACGGCAGAAGCCUGAGCAGCGUGAGAACGGGAGCCAGCGUGAGCAGCAGCAGCAGAGACAAGAACAGCGGCAGGAAGGGCAGCUUGAAGAGCAUCAGGAGCAGCAGCAGCAAAAGCAGCAGCAAAAGCAGCCGCGCGAGUUCCAGUCAGAACAGCAGCAUGAACAGCAGCAGGAGGAGCAGCAGGAGGAGCAGCAGGAGGAGCAGCAGGAACACCAGCGGCAGCGCGGAGCUGCCACUGCAGCCACAGCAGCAGCAGCAGAAGACCCCAGCACAAUGGAAAUCGACGGGGUGGUGGGCAGAGGCAGCACAGCAACAGCUUUGCCUGCUGCUGACGAUGUCUUUGCAGCAGCCGGAGGGGCUGGAGCUGCUGCUGCAGCAGAGGGGCCUAUUUUGGAAGAGGGGCCUGCUGCAGGAGAGGGGCCUGCUGCAGGAGAGAGGCCUGCUGUAGUAGAAAGGUCUGCUGUAGUAGAAAGGUCUGCUGCAGCAGAGGGGCCUGCUGCAGCAGAGGGUUCUGCUGCAGCAGAGGGACCUGCUGCAGCAGAGGGGUCUGCUGCAGCAGAAGGGUCUGCUACAGCAGAUGGGUCUGCUACAGCAGAGGGGUCCGCUGCAGCAGAGGGGUCUGCUGCAGCAGAAGGUUCUGCUACAGCAGAGGGGUCUGCUGCAGCAGAGGGGUCUGCUACAGCAGAGGGCCCUGGUGCAGCAGAGGGCCCUGCUGCAGCAGAGGGCCCUGCUGCAGAAGAGGGGUCUGCUGCAGCAGAGGGGCCUGCUGCAGCAGAGGGUCCUGCUGCAGCAGAGGGUCCUGCUGCAUCAGAGGGUCCUGCUGCAGCAGAGGGGCCUGCUGCAGCAGAGUGGCCUGCUGCAGCAGAGUGGCCUGCUGCAGAAGAGGGGCCUGCUGGAGCAGAGGGCCCUGCUGCAGCAGAGUGUCCUGCUGCAGCAGGAGCAGCUGCGCCAGCCCAAGACACAGCUGUCGGCCCUCAAAGUUGCGCUGCAGAAACCCCUGCGGAUGCAGCAGCUGCAGCAGCAGCGCACAAAGAGCUUCAGGCUGGUAGUGGUGACGCGGCAGAGGCCAGCUGCUCAGAGGCUCCCAAUCUGCUGCUCGAGGAGCCCUUGGCAGCAGGAGCAGCAACAAAGUCGGAAGAGGUGGAGGCAGCAGCAGCAGCGGGAGACAGAGCGCUUGCAGAGUGCAGCAGCAGCAGCAACAACAGCAGCAGCCAACACGAGGCUGCGGCCGAGGACGACGCGUCUGAAGCAAGCAGCACUGAAGGAGAUCGUGAAGAGGACGAAGAGAGAGCAGCAGCAGCAGAAGCUGCUGCUGCUGCUGCUGGGGGACUUCCUGCAGUUGAAUGGGCGCUGGACGUGAGCCGAUCUGAGCUGUGUGGCGUCGAAGGGACUUCUGUGGACCGUUUGCUGCUGGCACUCCAUGCGCUGCGGUGCAGCAGCUUCUGGCUGUUGCCCCGCGACAUGCGCUGCUUCCUGCUGCAGCAGCUGCAGCGGCUCGUGUCUGACGGCUGGCAAGGGAAGUUUUUCUUAGACACGAAGCUGGAGGGGCUGGCCAGGGCUCGCCUGAAUCUGCUGCGGCUGAAGGUGGCUGCUGCGGGCCCCACAGAGGAGGAGAACCUUGCUGCUGCUGCUGCUGCGGGGGCCGCAAGCGCUGCUGCUGCUUCCGAAGCCAAGACAGAGAAGGAGGCCGACGAGGGCCACCCAGCUGAAGACGCCGAAGGCGCAGGUGCUGUAAAUGCAGCAGCAAAGGAUUCUGCUGCUUCUGCUGCUGCGGCGAAAGAGGAGGGCGAGGAAGCAGCAGCAGCUGCGGGCGCUGGAGGCGGGGGCCUGCGGGCGCAGCGGCGGAAGCCCAUGGGGAGGGUCUCGAAUGCAGAAGCAGAAAAGCUGCAGAGUUGCUUCGUGGUGCGUUCUGAGGCUUUGGGUGAAGACAGAUUUCUUAACAGGUACUUUGCCUGUGUGUCUGCGAGCGGCAGCAUAUCUCGGGUCUAUGUGGAGGCUCACUGCGAACCGUCCCCGCUGCUGCUGCUAAUGCAGAAGGCAGCAGCAGCAGCAGCAGCAGCCGCCGCCGCCGCAGUAGCUGCUGCUGCCGGCCCAGCCAACAGCCGCAGCAGCUCCGGCCAUGCGUCGGAGGCCGAGCUGGCAGACACUCAGCUUAGCCAGGAGCAGCAGCAGGGGCCAAGCUGCGUGGGCGAAGACAGCAGCAGCAGCGCGAGCGACGGAAGCAGCAGCAUGGGCCACAAUGGCGACAGCAGCUGCAGCAGCAGCGCCAGCAAGAGCAGCAGCAGCAGCAACAGGCAGAGCUUGCUGAAAGUUUUCCCCUCGUCUGCGGAUGCUGCAGCUCUUCUCAGCGCGGGCAGCCUCUCAGAAUGGCCAAUAAGGCGGCGGCCCAUAAAGGUGGAGUCUUUGGCUGCCUUCCUGCAGAUGCUGCAGCAGCAGCAGCAGCAGCAAAGCACGUGCUUCUUCGUGCCACCAACCGUAGAUGCGCUGCGGCAGCUGCGGGCUGCCCUCUCGCCAGCUCUUAAGAGAGAGCGCAGUUUGCGGCAAUCGCUGGGCCGGGCCAUAGAGGAGAUGGACGCGGAGCAGCUGCAGCCUCAUCGAGCUACCACAGUGGUCCCGCCCUCGCCUCUUGCUGCUGCAGUUUGGCUGGCCUGCAAGCAGCUGCAUGCACUCAACCUGUCGCUGCUGCCGCGCUGCUACCCAAUCCUUUGGCAGCAGCAGCAGCAGCAGCAGCUCUCCCCGUGCAUGGCCCUCGCUGGGGCCCUCACAGUCCUCGCGAGAGCCGCCUCUUGCAGCUCCGCGUGCUGCCCUGAUGGCUCUUCGUACAAGCAGCAGCACGCAGUAGGAGACGGAGCAGCAGCAGCAACAGCAGCUGCAGCAGCAGCAACGAAGAGGCAGCAUCGGCAGUACUGGAUGGAACAGACGCUGUUUGUUGGGGUAUUGGCGCAGCUGCUGCUAUACGUGGAGUCUCUCGUCGAUGCUGCUGGUGCUGUGCAUGCGAAGGCUUGGGCCUACAGGCGACACCAGUGGUCUGAGGAUCUGCAGCGGCUGUCGCUGCAGCUGCCUGUGCUGCUGCCGACCCCAGGGCAGCAGCAAGACCUUCCCCCGGAAGCUUUGCGUCCUGCUGCUGCGAAACCUCCAAGAGCAGCAAGUUCCCCAGUAGAGCCUGUGCGGAAGCACUCUCGGCUUCUCGAAGAAGACCUGGAGGAGCCUCUGCACGCUUCGAGCAGCAGCAGCGGCAGCAGCAGCAGCGGCAGCAGCAGCAGCGCUGCGGCGAAGUCGCCGGGCCUCUGCAGCGCAGGCUCAGGGCCUUCGCAGCAAUUGCGAGACAGUCUUGAUGGCGCUGCAGCGUCUCGAAGCGCCCCCGGAGACUCGGAAGGUCCAGCUGCAGGAGCAGAACCUGCUGCUGCUGCUGCUGCUGCUGCACGGGAAGGUGCAGAGCAGCCCACAGAGACACUCCUUCCUGCGGAGUCGCUCUGUUCUCUCACAAAGGCCAGCGUAGAAGCUGCCAUUGCGGCAGCGGCGGCAGCUGACGAAGCGGGCCAAGUCCCAGCAGCAGGAAGAGCAGCAGGAGCAGCAGAAGACGCCGAGGAGGCAGCAGCUGCUGCGCGGUUUGCUGCUCUCGUGCGGUGCAUGUCCUGUGGAUUUGGCUGGGACGAAUCUGCGCUGUUGCAGCUGCUGGAGCGGACGUACGACCAGCUCUUUGGGGAGGCGGCAGCAGCGGCAGCAGCAGCAGAGGCCAGCAGCAGCAGCAGCAGCAGCCUCCAAGAACAGCAAUGGCGCGAAGUGCGGCGCAGGCUAGACCUAGCGCAUCUCUGGGGCCUCUACGCCAAUGUCUGGAAGGCCACGGGGCUCGACUGCCAGCGCCUGGCGGACUUGAACGCCCCCAUAGACAGAGACGCGUUCGAGCAGUUGCUGGCAUCGGACGCCCAGCGGCAGCAAAUCCCUCGGGUGGGGGAUUCCCUUUUCUUCUUUAGGAAGGGGCACUGCGAAGUAGUUAGUUCUUUGCGCCAGGAGCAAACAACGGAAGGGUCCAGCUAUGGAAGGACUUGCUGCAGCCUUCAGGUUCCCGAUUGUUUGGGCUGGGUGGAGCAGCUCCGUGUGCAUCAGAUUGAGUUCUUCGCGGGGUUUGCGGGUUUGCUGCCGCCGCCUCUAGAAGCCCCGCCGCCCCUCACAGCAGCAGCAGCAGCUGCAGCUGCUGCUGCUGGCUCUGGGGCCACAGCCGGCACGACACCUGUUGUGCAGCACAAUGCCAUCCAUGCGAUGCCCAGCGGAUCAGCAGAUGCAGCCGGGGUCGGCCUCGUUGCUUCUUUGUUUUCUUUCUCUCUUGAAGAGGACCCUGUAGUCCUUGGCCUCACAAAGCCAUUGCCACAGCAGCAGCACGCUGCCACGCCUGCUGCUGCAGCAGCGGCACUGGAAAGUGCUGCUGCGGAGCAGACAGCAAUGCAGGUUGACGGCUCCCCGUCCCCUGAUGCUACAGCAGCUGCAUCAGCUUCAGCAGCUGCACCAGCACCAGCUGCAGCAGGAGGAACUCCAGCAGCAACCACGCCCGCUGGUGCCUCAACCCCAGCCUCUUGGAAGAACAGCUGCGUAGAGCUGCAGGCACCUGACGGGUUGGUCUCGAAGGCCUUUCAGGACUUUUUGCUGCAGGCGAGUCCCCUGUCUUUGGCAGCAAAAAGCGGAGCAGCAGCUCAGUUGUACCUGCAGCAGCAGCUGCAGCUGCAGAAGCUGCUGCAGGAGCAGUAUCAGCUGGUGCAGCAAGGCGGCGAAGUGCCCGGAACUGCUGCGCUUGACGCUUCUCUGUGCCCCCACUACAGGGUUGUCUGCUCAGUGGCAACUCGGAGGCACCCAACUGCAGCGGAUGCUGCUGCUGAGGGUCUGGACGCUCUUGCUGCUGCUGCUUCCACUGCAAGCGAAAGCCGCGUCACCAGAUCAAGACUUGCAAGGGCACCGUCAGCCGGGAGCAGCAGAGCCGCAGCGGCAGAUGCGCAGCAGCAGCAACCCGCAACAGCAGACAGCACGACAGCCUGGGGAGCAGAGACGGACCCCCACAGCCGCGAGCACGCAAUUGCUGCUGCAGUAAACGGCCACGGAAGCUGCGGGGGCCAGGCGCUGCCCCCCGGGGCUGUUGGCCCUCAGCUGCGCAGGCGCUGGGUCAUUCUGAGUGUUCCUGUGCUGCAGGGGAGCAGCAGCUUUCUGCUUCAGUGCAACAAAGUGCUGCAGGCACUGGAUAUGGGGUGGUGUUCUGGCAUGCGCUUCCGCAUGCAGCUUGGCUGCUGCCAGGCCGCUGCUGUUGCUGCUGCUGCGACCCUCCCCCCUGUCCCCAGAGGCCUAGGACUUGCGGUUCUUGAUUUCGCCCUGCAGCAGCAGCACCUGCAGCAGCAGCAGCAGCGGCUUGCCGGCAUUAUCCGUCGUAUUGACACCAGCCCAGAAGGUUUCUGGCGCGGGGUUUAUGUAGACUGGGAGGAGCGUCGCGUUGCAAGGCCCGGGGAAGCAGCGGCAGCAGCAGCAGUUGCUGCUGCUGCUGCAUCAGGCGCGGCCACGUGUGUUUCUCUUUGGGACCUCGAGCCUCUCAAACGCCUUAAGCGGCCUGGGCAGGAGGCGUGA